UUGGAAGAGUGAUUGUUUUCUACAUAGCUUUCGGGACUCAGCAGUCGGUUGCUUACUUUGAAGUGCGCUGUUCCCUUCCCUCCCGUUCAGUUCACGUUGGAGUCGCCUUCAGGAAAGACCUGCCGUACGGCAGCUUGAUACGUUUGGGCAGAAAAGCGAUAUAUUUCCCCCCUCCUAUAACAACGAACCAACGAUAACAUUAAUUUAUCCGUGUAACCGUUUUCUAAACUGAAUGGACUUGUAUGCGGAUUCGCGCCUUGGAUACACCAACUGUGGAUUAUGGUAUGUUUUUGUGUGGAUACCAAACCGGAGUGUUUUUUGAGGAGCUAACUCAUGGAUCGAUGAGAGAAAACGGACAGACAGAGAGAAGCUCCCCCGCUGACAUAAGAGAGUGAGGAGAUUACAGUAGAACCCAGAGGAGGCGAGACAACACACGGUUUCUUCGGCCGCCUCCGGAGCCAUGAGCCGGGCGCUUACGGACCAUAUUGCCACUAGUUUCCGUGAAGAUGCUCCCCGGCCCCCGGUUCCCGGGGAGGAGGGCGACGCUACGCCCCGCUACCCCGGCAAAGUAGCGACCAUGAGACCCCUGGAUACCGCCAAGUCGAUCCUCCUCCUUAAGUCUCCCGGCUCCUCCGCGAGGAGAAACGAGGACGGUCUUGGGGAGCCCGAGGGGAGCGCGUCUCCCGACUCGCCGCUUUCCCGGUGGACCAAGUCGCUGCACUCGCUCCUCGGGGACCAAGACGGUGCUCUGCUGUUCCGGACAUUCCUUGAGCGAGAGAAAUGCGUCGACACUUUAGACUUUUGGUUUGCAUGCAACGGUUUCAGGCAAAUGGACCUGAAGGAUAGCAAAACGCAGCGAGUCGUCAAAGCCAUUUACAAGCGCUACAUUGAGAACAACAGCAUAGUUGCCAAGCAGCUGAAACCCGCGACCAAGACCUUCAUACGGGACAACCUGAAGAAGAUCGACUCGGCGAUGUUCGACCAGGCACAGACAGAGAUCCAGAACAUCAUGGAGGAGACCUCGUAUCAGAUGUUUCUCACUUCUGAUGUUUAUCUCGAGUACGUGAGGACUGGAGGUGAAAACCCUGGCCACGUUAACCCGAACGGUCUGAGCGACCUGAAGGUGGUUUGUGGAUACCUGCCCACGCUGAACGAGGAAGAGGAGUGGAGCUGUGAUUUCAAAGCCAAAGCGCUGGUUGGACUAUCUUCUAAAACUCUGAGGGCGACCAUGUCCCUGAGGGCGGUGGAGGUCAUGGACAAGGCAUACGGAUCCAGGAUGUACCGGAGGCCUGAGGUCGUCCACCCCUACCACGUGGGGGUGCGGGCGCCCGUCGCCAGCACCAACGACAGCGAGGUGUCCAGCGACGCCAUGACUGACGACGCCAUGUCCGUCACGGACAGCCUAGAUGGCGUCCCUUCCUACAAGUCAGGCUCCAAGAAGCACCUUCACAGAGAGGUGGAGCGCAACCUGAGGAUGAACAGCCAGGUCUCCCUGCCUGCCUUCCCUUGCGACCGCCCCCCUCCCAAGGAGAUGGUUCCCGUGAAGCCCCUGGAGUUCGCCACGCAGCUCAUCGCCCGCCUGGAGCGCCUCAAGAAGGAGCAGGACACCCGCCGCUCCCUGGAGGAGCGUCUGCAGCAGAUCCAGGAGGAAGAGGAGCGGGAAGACGCCGCCGAGACCCCCGGCUCCGCCGCCCACCCCCUGGCCCUCCUCUCGGGCUCGUCCGACGACGACCCCCAGGCCAUCCUGGACGAGCACCUGUCCCGCGUGCUCAAGACCCCCGGGUGCCAGUCCCCCGCCGUCCUGUGCCGCUCCCCCCGCGCCCGCUCCCCGGAGCGCAGGGGGGGCCCCUUGGUCCCCCGCGGGGCCUCGGUGCUCCGGGCCCUGCUGUCCCCGCCGGGGGCCUCCGGCGCCUCCCCUGCCUCGGGCCCCGGUCAGGCCCCGGUCAGCAGGCAGAGCACCAAGCACAUCCACCACCACUACAUCCACCACCACCACGGCGGGCCCCGGAGCCAGGAGCAGAUGGAGCGCGAGGCGGCCCUCAGGGUCCAGGGCCUCUGCGAGGGCGUCCAGCCGUACCAGCGCAGCCGCAGCCUGGGCCGGGAGGCGUGCGGGGCUGCCGCCGCGGCCGUGGAACUCCACCACCCUGGGCGCUCCAGCUCACUGUCCAGGCGCCAGUGCCGUUCAGGGGGCGACGAAGGGGUGUCCGAGGGGUCCCCAGAAGAGGCCGCCCCAUUGGUCCACCUGCCCACGGACACCUCGGAUCGCUCGCAGAAUGUCUGGCAGUGGAUGCUGGAGAGCGAGAGGCAGGGCAAGCACAGGUCUCACAGUGCCCAGAUCACCAAGAAGUCCUUUGGCGGUGGCCCGGCACACACGUGGGGCGUUGGCGGAAGCUCGGCCCUUCUGCGUAACCACCAGCCAGCCCACCCCUUCAUCCAGGACCCCGCGAUGCCACCACUGCCACCACCCAACACCCUUGCCCAGCUGGAGGAGGCCUGCCGUCGGCUAGAGGAGGUGUCAACCAAGCCCUCUAAACAGAGGCACUCUACAUCCAGUCCCCAGCGGGAGAAAAGCCACCUCGUGCCUGUCCAGAACGGAGUGGGCGUCGCCCUGUCUUCAGCCAAUCCGAGCGCAGCCAAUUUGUUCAUCGCCGCCCCUGCCCUUCUGUCAGAAGAGUAAGAGCCUUCCCUCUCCUCUGCUUCUCCACAUCCCUGCUGCCAGUUGUCCUCCUUAUCCUCGAGCUCUAG